AUGCUCCACUCACAGGUACUUGUAGCGCUGGUUUCACUCGCCACUUCCUUUGCCGCUGCAAGCGCGCAGAACCUGGUCAUUUCCAAUGACGACGGGUGGGCGACUGCACAGAUUCGUGCCCAGUUCGAUGCGCUGACUGGCGCAGGGUAUGACGUCGUAUUGUCUGCACCUGCAAUCAAUCAGUCAGGGAAGGGCUCGCAGACGACGACACCUCAAGUACUUACCGAGCCAUGCCAGUUCGAUACUUGCCCUGUCGGGUCGCCGCCGUUUGGUUUCAAUGCCAGUGACCCUCGUUUGAAUUACGUGAACGCGUACCCGGUCGACGCAGCAAACUACGGAAUCAACGUGCUCUCUCUGAGUCCGCAGCACUUCGGUGCUAGGCCGGAUUUCCUUGUGAGCGGUCCUAACAUCGGACCUAACGUCGAUAUCCUGACGCAAUACUCGGGCACUGUGGGAGCUGCAUCCGCUGCCUCGUUGCAAGGCGUCCCAGCGACGGCCUUCUCAGGUGUCAGCGGGGCACAAGUGUCCUACACCACUCUCACCUCGGAGCCAGACGCGAACUCUACGCUCGCCGCCCGCAUCUACUCCCAGCUGACGGUGUACUUCGUCGACACGCUCCUCGGCUCCUGUGGCCCGUCUGUCCUACCCCCUGCCGUAAUAGUGAACGUCAAUUACCCCUCGGUUACGGAUUGCGAUGAUCCGAGCGACUACAAGUGGGUUUUUGCGCGCAACCGGAAGAACGACACCGUGGUCGAUGUGCAGACCUGCGGAAGCGAUCACUUACCGAGCGAGGUGGAGGUGAUCCUGAGCGAGGGGUGCUACGCUAGCGUGUCGGCCAUCAGUGCUCAGACGAAGACGGAUGUGGAUGCAGCAACACAGGGCGUAGUCAUGCAGAAGCUGUUGGGAUUGCCUUUUAGUUGCUUGAACUGA